UCCAUUCAUAAUCCUUCCACACUAUGUCAACAUCAGAAGGUGCUGCUAACGCUCUUCCUAACGCCGGAAUUAUUGAUACUCAGAGGCACCAGCCGCCUGGAAACGGGGUCUUAUCCGUCAAAAAGCCGCCGGCAAAGGAUCGCCAUAGCAAGGUCGAUGGGCGUGGACGCCGUAUUCGUAUGCCAAUCAUCUGCGCCGCCAGGGUCUUUCAGCUCACUCGUGAGCUCGGUCAUAAGUCCGAUGGUCAGACCAUCGAGUGGCUCCUUCGUCAAGCUGAGCCGUCGAUUAUUGCCGCCACCGGCACCGGGACUACUCCUGCUAGCUUCUCCACCGUUUCGGUUGCGGUUCGGAAUUCCAACGCUAAUUCGUCUCUUUCCGCAGCGCUUGAUCAGAAAUCGACGUCGCAGCAUCACCAGCACUUAAUCUCUCCGACUCCGUUUAUUCUCGGGAAACGGCUUCGGUCGGAAGAAGACGGUCUUGACGGAGGUGGAAAAGAGGAUAAUAUGUCUUCAGCUACUGUUGUUAGCGCCGCCGCCGGUGGAGGGUUCUGGGCUCUGCCUGCGAGGACUGAUUUUGGUCAGGUGUGGAGCUUUGCUGCGGCGCCGCCGGAGAUGGUCGUGUCGUCACCGUCCGCCAUGGCAUCACAGCAAGGGAGGUACAUCCACAACCACAAUCAGCAACCAAUGGGUGAGGCGUCGGCGGCUAGGGUUGGGAACUACCUUCCGAUAACCCAAGGUCACUUGAAUUUGCUUGCAUCACUAUCCGGCCCCCCACCACAAUCCUCCGGCGGAAAGGAUGACGAUACUCGCUGAAUUCCCCAUCGGUAUUGCUUGCUGUCAAUAUCUAUAUAAAUAUGCAUGUUGUAAUUUGCGAAAUCUGUGUGUGAAGGAGGAUUGUUUGCAUUUCAGAACUAGGGUUUUAGUUGUUUUAGCUGCGUGAUUUUAGGGUUUCUGCAAUUUGAUGAAAUCAAGCAUCUUAGGUUCUAGGGUCUUUUACCCCCUUUCUUUCACUGCAUUUUUUUCCCCUUAGGGUUUAUCCAAUUUUUUUUCCUAGUCCAUAAUUUCUGGUUCAUAUUGGAGUCUUUAGAGAAAUUGGGUCAAAAAAUCUACAGGAUCUGAAUGAGGGUCCAUAUCCAGAAACUAGGGCAGAUUCACAGAACUUCAUUGCAUCUCUGGGGUUACACUUUCUUGAAGAUUAAUGCUCUUUGAGUGCUGUUGAGAUUUCAUUCAAGCUUCAUACCUUUUGAUCAAGAUUGUUCAACAUAAACCUCUUCGUCAUGGUGAUUGAGAACUGGAAUUUGAUCAUCUCUGUUGCAAUUUUGGGCAGAUUGACAGAGAAAGAAUGCUUUUGUGGAUCAUCCCAUUUUGUUCUUGUUAUCUUGGUCUUUUAUCUCUGUGUGCUUGCACUGAUUUGUAUUGAAAUGGAACAUAUGAUCUCAAAAGAUAGAAAGACUGGUGGGGUUACUCUCAAUUUGUCAUCCCAUUCUUAGAUUAAUCUGUGUGAAAUAAUGUAAUUCCGUCAUCAUCGUAUGUAAGUGAGAUUUUUUUGGGGGUGCCUGUGGUGCGAAUAAAUAACCAUAUGUUUCUCUCUUCUUUA